CUGGAGCAUGACCGGGACAUGGCACACUGACCCCUCGGCUUUCUGUGUUCCACAAGCUCCCCCACCAACAUCAACUGUCUCCAUCACUCAUCAACUGUACCACCACAAUCUUCACUCAACACAGUCCCUGGCACGGAAUUCGUGACACGAGGAUGGCCAGCAACUGGUCAGACUUCACCGUGUAAUGCACACAUAACCAUCUUGGCAAAUGCCGGAUAGCAAACCACAAACAUUUCCUGAAUCCAGUUGACCCUUUCACUAUGCGGCUGGGUCCUCUGACAUCACAGGCCCUUGGCCGCUCUCCCUACGAUGAGGUGGCUGAGGGCACUGGUGAGCCUCAACCCGGGGCACCAGAGCAGUUGUAUGAUGAUCGAGGACGGCCAGUGAACCCGGAGACACGGCGCAUUAACAGAGACAUCAUCCGCUCUCACAACGAGGUUAUGCUGGUCAUUGGCGUUGCGGAACCGGACAGUGGCAUUAAUGAGGCCCAGGCUCUAUACGAUGCGGCCACUAAGCAUCAGUACUACGAAGAUGGAAUCGGCAGGAAGCUGUUCCUCACUGGCGAGGUGUUGGCCACCGUCGGUGUCUGGGGAGUCAACGGCCUGAGGCAGCGCAUCUUGCUGUACAAGGACUCUGCCCACGUCCCGUUCUCUCGCCUAUUCUACUUCCACAGAAGCCAGCAGUCAUGGGGAGAGUAUAUCUGGGCUGGGCUACCGUCCUAUGUCCUAAGCGAUAGUUUUGCUGGAUUCGACAUGCCAGAAUACCCCUGGGUCAAGUACGUGUUCGCAUGGGUCAACUUGCACCUAGACAUCUUUGUCUUCAUGCAACGAACCGGCCUAGUCAACACUUCGAGAUGGGUUCCUACCCUAGGCUUCUUCAUUCCCGGCUGCUAUGACUCUCCAAUCUUCCUACCAAAGCUCCCAUCCUCGUUUACCCCUGGAAGCAUCAUCAGCUGGCUCGGCGCCCUCGUCGCCGGUGUCGCCCCUUUUGCCGGCUACUGGUUCUUCUCAAAGACAUACGCCAGGCUCGUCUGGUCACUUAGGCGGAAGAUCCAGAGACGCUUGCCCAAACCCAUCAACUUCAGCAGGAGGAGGACCCUUAAGGAGGUAGUCCCCUAUUUACAGCCGCCUAGUGGAACAUACAACCCACCUACUCCCACACCAGAAGAGCAACAACCUCAACAGCAGCAACGACAGGAAAUCCAACCACGAACACCGACACCAACACAACAGCAGCAACAACAGGCCGCAAGCGCAAACGCAAUCGAAGCAGGCUGGGAAAUGGUCCACGCCCCCUCCGACACCCUUCCAACCAACGACGCCCUCCCCACCGGUCCUCCCCCCGACGGCACCCUGCGCCGACAAAGCACCAUCUCCGUCAGUGGUCCCGGCCCCGGCACUCCCGGCAACAGCCAAUCCCAAUCCCAAUCCCAAUCCCAAUCCCAGUCUCAAUCCCCAGCAGCAACAGCCGACGAAGCCCCCUUCCUCAGCGACGACGACGAAGAAACCGAGCACGUCAACCCGACCCUAAUCACCUUCGACGUCGACACCAGCGACUCCGCCACCAGCGACUCGGCUCCGAUCCCCCCGGGAGCAGCGGUCUGGGCCGCCGAGUUGAGGCCUAACGUGCCUGACAACUCUUCUGGCUCGAACCGGAACUCGCAACAGACAGUUACCAAUAAUAGCACAACCCUAGGCUUGGACGCCCCCCUCUACAGAGACAACGGCCUCACCCGCCUGCCGCACGUCCUCGCUGCGGGAGCGUUGGGACUAUGCUUGGUCUGA